UUUUGCAGGUCUGUGACAGUGAGCCGAGGCCACGCUGAAGAGAAGAAGGUGGAUCUGUGCAGUGAACCCAAGGUCCUCCAGCAGCCAAUCAGGAGGAAGGACGAGCCGGACGGGCCAAUCAGAGGGCAGGAUGAGGGGGCAGGAGGGCGGAGCCGCGGCGCUGGUUCUGGUCGUGUCGCUGCUGCUGUGGACGGACGCGGCGGCGAUCGAAGUCCCAGAGGAUCCAAAGAUCUUACAAGAGCUGAAGCAGCCUCCCACCAUCAUAAAACAGUCGGUGAAGGAUUACAUCGUGGACCCCCGAGACAACAUCAUCAUCGAGUGUGAGGCCAAAGGGAACCCCCCGCCCACGUUCACGUGGCGGAGGAACGGGAAGUACCUGAACACGGCGAAGGACCCGCGGGUGAGCGUGAGGAAGCGCUCGGGGACGCUGGAGAUCAUCCUGAGGAGCGGAGACCGAGCAGAGGACCACGAGGGCGAGUACCAGUGCUUCGCCAGCAACGACCUGGGGGUGGCGCUGUCCCACAAGAUCCUGCUCCGGGUCUCCAAGGCGCCGCUGUGGCCGAAGGAGCAGCUGAAGCCCGUCCAGGUGACUGAAGGCUCCCCGCUGGUCCUGCCCUGUAACCCGCCGCCCGGCCUGCCCCCGCCCACCACCUUCUGGAUGAGCAACGCGAUGGCGCCGAUCGAGCAGGACCAGCGCGUGUCCAUGGGGCUGAACGGAGACCUGUACUUCUCUCACGUGAUGAGCAGAGACGCGCAGACGGACUACAGCUGCAACGCCCGCUUCAUCUUCACCAUCCAGCAGAAGAACCCCUACUACCUCAAAGUCCACACCAGUCGGACGGUGCCGGAGUCCACGCCCUCCUUCCUCUCGCCGUCCGGGACAGAGAGCUCCAAGACGGUUCUGCGAGACCAGCAGCUGCUCCUGGAGUGUAUCGCCGCGGGGAGACCCACUCCCACCAUCAGCUGGUUUAAAAAAGGAGGGGAGCUUCCGGAGCACAAAGUUUCUCUGGAGAACUUCAACAAAACCCUGCGCGUGUCCGGCGUCUCCGAGGAGGACGCCGGCGAGUACGUGUGCAUGGCGACCAACCGCCUCGGCAGCAUCCGCCACGCCAUCACCGUGCAGGUCAAAGCUGCCCCCUACUGGCUGGACAAACCCACAAACCUGGUCCUGGCUCCAGAUGAGAACGGGCGCCUGGUCUGCAGAGCCAACGGGAACCCCAGACCAAACAUCCAGUGGCUGGUGAACGGGCAACCUCUGAACAGUUCUGUACCGACUCAGGGCCGUCAGCUCCUGGGAGACACCAUCAUGUUCGGCUCGGUGCAGAUGGGCUCCAGCGCCGUGUACCAGUGCAACGCCUCCAACCCCCACGGGUACCUGCUCGCCAACGCCUUCGUCAAUGUGCUGGACAUGCCUCCGCGGAUGUUGGCUCCUAAAAACCAACUGAUCAAAGUCAUCGAGAACAACCGCACCUUCCUGGACUGUCCGUUCUUCGGGUCGCCUCUGCCCGAGCUGCGAUGGUUUAAGAACGGGCAGGGCAGCGGUCUGGACGGAGGGCACUACCGCGUCCACAGAAACGGCACCCUGGAGAUCAAGCGGGCGCGCGCCGAGGACGAGGGCACCUACACCUGCGUCGCCAACAGCAUCCUGGGCACCGCCGAGAACCAAGUCCGCCUCGAGAUCAAAGAGGCCACCCGGAUCGUGCGGGCCCCGGAGCACCAGUCCGUGGUCCGAGGCUCCACCGUGCGCUUCGACUGCAAGGUGAACUUUGACCCCAGCCUGACCCUGACCGUCACCUGGUACAAAAACGACAACCCCCUGCACCUGGGCUGGAGGUUCAGGAAGGACCAGGACUCCCUGACCAUCUCCAACGUGGACGAGAGCGACGAGGGGACGUACACCUGCAGCGCCCAGACCCCCAUCGACCAGGACUCCGCCUCCGGACGCCUCACUGUGCUCGAGCACGUCUCUCUGCUUCCCUCUGUGUCUAGCUCCCUGCCUCAAGAGCGGCCGGAUCCUCCCACAGAUCUGGAGUUGUCGGAUCCUGCAGCUCGAAGUGUGAGACUCACCUGGAUCCCAGGACAAGACAAUCAGAGCCCCGUCACAGAGUUCCUGGUGCAGUUCGAGGAGGACCGUUACGAGCCGGGUGUGUGGAGGAACUUGUCUUCUUACCCUGGAGACCACAACUCCGUGAUCCUGCAGCUCGCGCCGUUCGUCAACUACCACUUCAGAGUCGUCGCCAUCAACGGCGUGGGCCCCAGCGAGCCCAGCCGCCCCUCGCCGCGCUACAAGACCAGCGGGACAGCUCCAGACGCCAUCCCCAAAGGUCUGCGGGGGUGGGGCACCAGCAAAGACAACAUGGAGAUCAGCUGGGAGCCUCUGUCUGACCUGGAGCGGAACGGUCCGGACCUGCACUACAACGUUUGGUGGAGACUCAGCGACUCGGGGGACGACUGGACCAACGUGACGACCACCGGCUCCAGAUACGUGGUGACGGGGACCCAGCCCUACCAGGCCUACGACAUCAAGAUCCAGGCCCGGAACAGCUUCGGACCCGGGCCCGAGUCCAACCUGGUGGUGGGCUACUCCGGAGAGGACGUUCCAGACAGUCCCCCCACCAACCUGAAGGUCUCUAAUGUGGACAGCACCAAAGUCCGGCUGCAGUGGACGCCCGUGGACAUGUCCUCUGUGCACGGACAGUUCAAGGAGUACAGGUUGUAUUACUGGAGGGAGAGCAGCCUGGUGCCGGGUCUGGUCGUCAGUAAAGAGAAACAGACCAGAGGGUUCUACAGCAUGUCCCCGGAGCCGUCUGUGGUCCUCACCGACCUGACGCCGUUCUCCCACUACCACAUGUACAUGGUGGUCGCCAACAGCCGCUACGAGGGCCCCGCCAGCAACACGGUCCUCUUCAGCACCAAGGAGGGAGUGCCGGACGCUCCUAAAUUCUUCCGGAUAAACCGUAAAGGUCUGGACACUCUGCACCUGGAGUGGGACAAACCUCUGGAGCCCAACGGGAUCCUGAUCGGCUACCAGCUCAAAUACACACCAGUGAACGGGUCUCGUGGCGGGCGCCCCCUGGUGGAGACUUUUCCGCCAAACGUCACAGAGUUCGUGCUGAGACUCCCGGAGCGCGGAACUCGAUACAAACUGUUCCUGUCGGCGCGAACGCAGGUCGGGUCCGGAGAGGUGAUCGCAGAAGAGGCGCCUCUGUUCACCAACGAAGAGGAUUUCACAAAUGACACGGGUCUAGUGGAGCAGACGGACGGGUCCUUGUCUUCGGCCUUCACUCCCUCUCCUCCUCCCCCUCCUCCGACCGCCUUUACUCCCACCGCUUCUCCAACUACUGCUCCGACGACUACUACUACUACAACGACUACUACUACUAUUACUACUACGACUGCCACAGCUGCUGCGACUACUACAACGACCACGCUGUCCACUACCACGGCUCGUAGCACCACGGCGACGGUGACCAGACACACCGAUGUGAACGUGCUGGUGGCGUCGGGCUGGGAGAUCUGGAACCUCACGGUGGAGCCUAACAGUAACUACGCUAAUGUCAGCUGGAGACACAACAUCCCGGCCGGCAGGAACGAGUUUGUGCUAGAGUUCACACUGGACAGCGACAAGACUGUGAAAAAUGUCAAGGUGAAACAGCCCCCUGUCACGGUGGCGGACCUGGCGGCAGGUGCCAUGUACCACCUGCGGGUUUACUCCCAUGAACUCAACAGCAUCUCCAGCCUAACGUACAGCUUUAAGACCAAGCCAGCCUACAUGGACCAGGUGGACAUCGCCACUCAGGGCUGGUUCAUCGGCCUCAUGUGCGCCAUCGCCCUCAUCAUCCUCAUCCUCCUCAUCGUGUGCUUCAUCAAGAGGAGCCGAGGAGGGAAGUACCCAGUGCGCGAUAAGAAGGACCUGCCCCUGGACCCCGUGGACCACAAAGACCAAGACGGAUCCUUCGAUUACCACAGCGAUGAAGACAACAAACCUCUCCAGGGCAGUCAGACCUCGCUGGACGCCAACGUGAAGGAGAGCGACGACAGCCUGGUGGACUACGGCGAGGGCGGCGACGGCCAGUUCAACGAGGACGGCUCCUUCAUCGGACAGUACACCGUCAAAAAGGACAAGGACGAGACGGAGGGCAACGAAAGCUCCGAGGCCACGUCCCCCGUCAACGCCAUCUACUCCCUGGCAUAAGAGUCCCCCAGAGGACCCCGUGUGGACCCCGUGUGGACCCCCCUCUGGAC